AUGGUACCCCCGGUAGCAGGGGUCACAGUGCCUGGGGGCCUCCGAGGACCUGCAGACUUGACCCGCCGUGGGGUAGGGGGGCCUCAAGGGUGCAAGGGAGGAGGAUUACGGGAGCCAUGCCCACCCAUUAAUGAAAGGGCGUCCACUGGGGUAAAGAUUAUUAAACUGGUGACCCAGUCAGGAGAGGCCCCCGGACCCCCAGGCUCCCUCUGGGAGCUUUGCGCCAGCCAGCCCUUCCCCCACCGCAACCCCGCCCUUAUCUCGUCAGUGAGGAAUAAACUCGUAAUCUGUCGGCCUAAACCCCAGCAGCCCUCGAAGCUCAACAUGCGGAAGUACAGAGAUCACUUUGUUUACGUCUUUGCUUUGUGUAUGCUGGUGGUAAACGUGACCUGGAGAAACAAGACCUAUGUGGGAACCCUCCUUGACUGCACAAGGCACGACUGGGCCCCGCCAAGGUUCUGUGAGUCCCCCACCAGCGACUUGGAGAUGAGGAACGGCCGGGGCCGGGGGAAGAGGAUGAGGCCUAACGGCAACACGCCUGUCAACGAGAACAGCAACUCCUCAGACAACAAGGGCAGUGGCACCAGCAAGACGCGCGCCGCCAAUAACAGCAGCAAGAGCCGGCGGGGCAGCCAGACGUCGUCGGAGCGCCGCACACCGCCCAACAGCAACACGGAGGAUGUCAAGGCCAGCUCGUCGUCGGCCAACAAGCGCAAGAACAAGCCCGCCUCGGACAUGGAGCCAAACUCCAGCUCUGAGGACACCAAGGGCAGCAAGCGCAUGCGCACCAACUCCAACAGCGGCCCCAGAGGAAUGCCCCACCUGCCCCACAUCGUCCUCCCCAGCAUUCCCACCAUUAAGGCAGAGCCCCUUCCCCCGCCACAACUCGACCGAAACUGCCCUUCGCCGGUGCUCAUCGACUGCCCGCACCCCAACUGCAACAAGAAAUACAAGCACAUCAACGGCCUCAAGUACCACCAGGCCCGCGCCCACAACGACGAUGACAUGAAGUUGGACAUGGAUGGGGACAGUGAGUACGGAGAGGACUCCACUCUCCACCCCGAUCCGGGCAGCUGCAACGGUGCCUCCAUCUCUCAGAAGGGCUGCUUGUCCCCGGCCCGCUCAGUCACACCCAAGGGCAGGGGCUUCGAGGCCCAGACUCCAUCGCCCUCCUCUGGGAAGUUUGGCUCCAAGCAGAGUAAAAAGAAGCCUUGCGAGGCCGACCCGGAGGCAGUUGGCAUGGCCAUAGACGGCUGCGAAGACGGGCCCUGCCUAACAGAUGAGGCCAGCAAUGACGGCAUGGACGACAAGAAAGACAGGGCCAAGAAGACGGGUAGCGGCUCCAAGGUGGACAAGCUGGCCCAGAAGGGCAUGAAGUCAGCGCGGCCCAUCGCCAUUGCCAUACCACCUCAGCAGCUGUACUCCCUACAGACGGCCGGCGGCUUCCUUGCAGCCAGCCCCGGCUCCACCCCUGCCUUGGGCUCAGUGGUUCAGUCCAUUCCCAAGAGCCCGCAGCUGAAAGCCAUCCAGCCCAAGCCCUCGGCCCCGGGAGACCCCUCGUCUGUGAACCCAGCUCUGAGCGGCUCGAAGGACAAGAAGAAGAAAGACAAGAAGAAGAAAGAGGCGGGAAAGGAGGGAGACAGCCCCAAAGGGCUAGGGAAAGGGGGGAAGCCGGAAGAAGGCAAGAGCCCAUACUCUGAAUCCUCGGACCCGGGGAGCAAAGGUGAUGGACUCCUGAAUGGCUCAUCGGACCCCCACCAGAGCCGGCUGGCCAGCAUCAAGGCAGAGGCGGACAAGAUCUACAGCUUCACCGACAACGCCCCCAGUCCAUCCAUCGGUGUGGCCAGCAGGAUAGAGGCUGGAGGCAUGGCCCAACCCCUCACCCCGCUCCACGUGGUCACGCAGAACGGAGCCGACAAUUCCUCAGUGAAGACCAACAGCCCGGCCUACUCGGACAUCUCAGAUGCGGGCGAGGACGGCGAAGGUCGGGUGGAGGGCGCCAAGGGCAUCAAGUCCGAGGAGCAGGCUAUCCGAGAGGGGGCCAAGAAGGCCCUGUUCCCCGCCCAAACGCCCAGCAAGGAGUCCCCCUACUACCCCGGCUACGAGACCUACUACUCCCCGAACUACGCCAACCCCAACCCCAGCCCGGGGGUGUCGGUCACGGGGGCCACACUGCAGGAGGGGGCCCAGGUCAAGGUAAAGAAAGAGGAGCAGGAGGAGCCAGGCGAUGAGGACCGUAAGGUCAAGCAGGAGCUGCAGGAGGACCGUAAGCCUGAGAUGGGUGCCUCUGGACCGGGGCAACAGCAGCAGGCCUCAGUCAUCCAGCAGCGCUCCAACAUGUAUAUGCAGCCUCUCUACUACAACCAGUAUGCCUACGUUCCCCCGUACGCCUACCACCCGGACCAGGCCUACCACAACCACCUGAUGAACACUAACCCAGCCUACCGGCAGCAGUACGACGAGAGGCAGCGGCAGGCAGCAGCCGAGCAGCACCGCACCGCCGAGAAGAAAUCGGACGCUGCUGGAAAGGACAGGGAUCGAGAGGGCUCCUCGGGGAAGGAGCAAAGUGAGGAAUGGAAGCAGAAGGCUUCGGUGCCCCCCACCCUCUCCAAGGCCCCCAGUCUCACAGAUUUGGGCAAAGGAGGGCCACCCCAGGGCAAGCUGUCCAAAGAUCACUCGUCUUCCUUGGAGCAGGCCAAGUCAUCGGUCAUCAUGCCCAAGGGUGAGGAUGCCAAGGCGCCGGCCCAGCAGGCCGAGGGGCUGAAGAUGAAGCUGAGCGAGGGAGGGCACCAUGGGAAGAGGGAGGAGCUCAAGGCGGGCAUAGAGUCGGGCAGGCCCUCGGCCAUGGAGCAGGGCAUGUGGUACAGACAGGAGCCUGACUCGCGGCUGUGGCCUUACGUUUACCCCAGCAAGUACCCUGAGGCCCAGAAACCACAGGACGAGGAGCGGUGGAAAGAGGAACGCGACAGGGAACGGGAAAGAGACCGAGAUCGAGCAGACCGAGAAAGGGACAGGGACCGAGACAACCGAGACAGGGAACGGGACCGAGACAGAGACCGAAAGGGCAAGGAGGGCAGGGAUGAGAGGGCUCGGUCCAAAGACGCCACCCCCAAGGAGGAGAUCAAAGAGGUGGCUGAGCCCCGGUCGUCGUUGGCGGCCUCUGAGGAGCACCGGGGGAUGGUGAAGGACCCGAGGGCCACUGCUGCCCACAUGCAGUUCUCCUCUCCUCUGGCCCAGCACCAGGGCUACAUUCCCUACAUGCACGGAGCCUACGGCUACGGCCAGGGCUAUGACCCCAGCCACCCGGGCUACCGCGGGAUGCCCUCGGUCAUGAUGCAGAACUAUCCUGGUUCCUACUUCUCCUUCUCUCCCUAUGGCAGUAAAAUGGGGCCAGGCGAAGAGGGCGGCGAGAAGGCGUCGCGCGCCAGCCCCACGGUCAGCGGCAAGUCCGCCUCGGAGGCCAAGGCCCUGGACAUCCUUCACCAGCACGCCAGCCAGUACAAGAGCAAGUCGCCGACAGUCGGCGACAAGACCCCCUUGCACGAACGGGAACGGGAGCGCGCCGCUUCCGAACGAGACCGAGACAUGGACCGGCCGCGCUCCUCGCCCUCGCAGCGCAUCCUGCCUUCCCAUCACCACCUGGGCUACCCGCUUCUCUCGGGGCAGUACGACCUGUCCUAUGCCACAGGUCUCUCCUCAUCAGCCAUUGUUGCCAGUCAGCAAGCCUCCGCCCCCUCCAUGUACCCCCCUGCACGGAGGUGAGAAUGGGAGACCUGAUUGGCUGACCUCAACCUUGCCUGGAGCCAUGUGACUGGAUCACAUGAGGAAGCGUGCUGCGGCGCUCGUUUUUAGACAUCAGUUCAAUGGUGUUUGUUGUACUUUUAGUUGAUUUUGCCUGGUUGUUCCGGCUGAUCUGGUUCCUCCGCCCUCAGCUUCAUUGGUGGCCACCCCACAGCAAGGCUUCCUGUGGCUUGGUUGAGGGCUCACCGAGCCCACCUCCUCUGGUACCGCGCGGUCAACCAACCACCCACCCAGCCAGUCCAUUGACUCCUUUGCACUGCUGAGACAUUCACAGGAAGGACUAAAAGGCCUGAAAAAAGGCCUGAUGAGACUGGCAUGUUCUGAUGGGGUGAGGCCCAUCGACAGCCAUUUUGGAACUAGAGAGUGCAAAAGGGAGAGGAGGUUGAUCAGAAACAAACUGGAUUAAGUUUGAAAUCACUACAUGGGAAUAUGGACUUAAUGGAUUGUUCACGGAUCCUGGGCCUUAGCGUAAUAGAGUUGCAGCUUAACUUGAGGGAGUGUGUUGUUUCGUCCAUCCACCAACCUACCCACUGACCCUGAGGACAUCUUGAGACAUUCAUUGCAAUGGACCCAUUUUUUUUUUCUUUUUCGGUUGUGUUUUUUUGGGAGGGGGGGUGGUUGUUGUUUGGGCCAGAGGAGGGACCUACUGGUGUCCUCAUCCCUCUCCACCACUCUGGGCUUUCUAUGCAAGCCGAAGCUGCUCAUCUCCAUACACUGACAGAAACAGCCCUCCUCUCUGUCUGUUCAGUUUCAGGGGGAGGAACUUUCAAGUUCACAAUGUGGGGUUUUUGUUGUGAAAAGUUAUCAUCCACCUACUUGAGUUUGUUCAGAGAGUAAACAAUAUCCGUGUUAGUUUUUUGUUGUUGUAUGAGGCUCUUGUGAGUUGUUCAUUCCACGUCUUGGCUUGACUACCCUGUUUCCAUCUCACUCUGACCCAGUAAGGAAACUCCCUUGGCUGUUUGCUGCUGCUUCGAACACUACUGGCCUCCCAGUGGCGUCGGCGGCGGCAGCUGUGUCGUGGUUUUCCUUUUCCAAAGGGUCAUCCAGUUUACAAAGCAGCACCAAUGCAUCCGCUACGGCUACAGCUCCCAGCUGCUCAGCGAGGGCCCCGCCUUAGAGGGAGAGGACACAUCUGUGCCAGGAGGUAUUUUGGCUCCGAGAGAGAAGAGGAACGGAGGGGGGAGGAGUGUAGUAUAGAUGCACCAUUCAGGGGCUCUCCAAGCUCUGUGACCCGGAAAGGGAAGGAGAAAGAUGCACUGAUCGGAAAGGCCGUCUGGAUUCUUCAGAUGCGGCCUCUGGUUCUAUAGAACCAUCUAUCCAAGCCAUCCAUCCUCACUGGACACUGCAGAGGCUGGAAGAGGAGAGAGGGCCCAUAGAGCCAUCCAUCCAGCUCCUACAGUACAUAUGGCAUUUGUUUUGGCUGUUGUGGGCCCCAAGUGUCAGUUUGUGGACAUGGAAGCUGUCUGGAACCCACAGGACUUUGUAUGUGAACAGUUGGCAACUGUCUGCAAGCCACAAUCUGGCUACUGCUGCUAGUCUCUCACCAAACUGCAUCAUGGGAUGGCCGCAGUCCUCCCUCAUCAGUGGACAUCUAAGAACACAGAGGGAGGCUCUCACCGGGCACUCUCCAGAGCUGUCGAUGGAUGCUCAGUAGAUAUGGCAGCUGCUGCACUCGCUAUCCCUCUGAUCUAGUGUGUAGUGCUGGAGAGACAGGCAGCUCACUCCUGUAUAUUUAUUAGAGGACUCUUAGUCACGGAGUGCUGUGUUACUGGGAGUUGGCACAUGCCCCUGUACUAUAUUUGGUGAAUGAAAGCAAUUGUGAAAUGGAAUCUCUCCUGCAGGCCCACAUCCCCUCCCAUCAUAUCUCUCUCCCCUUUCCAACGAUCUCUGUCGUGUGUGUGUGUGUGUGUGUGUGUGUGUGUGUGUGUGUGUGUGUGUGUGUGUGUGUGUGUGUGUGUGUGUGUGUGUGUGCCUGCAUGGUGUAAGACGGAACUGUAACGCGUUAGCCCAACACAUAGUCCUUCACAGCGGAGCAAGCCGUGUGCACGUUUGCUUUGGGACACUUCCUAUCAGCUCUCUCUCUUUUUCCCACACGCACUCACUAUUGUGGUUUUCUGUAUAUAGUGUACAGAGGAAUUAUUUUAAAAAGGUUUGUUCGAUGCUAUUGAAAAAAUGUCCUACUUUAAAUUUUUUGGGGUCUGUUAGCCUUCUCUUUUUUCCCUAACAUUCUUGAUAUAAUAUGACAAACUGUAGCUGGCGUAACAGCUUUAGAAUUGAAGUGUUGUGAUAAUUUUUACCCCUCCCUCCCUGGACCCCACCCUUUCAGAAGCUUGUUGUCCCGCCUCGAAGCCCAUGACGCCAUUUUACUCCCUUCUUCGCGCACGUUCCCAAGCCGCCUCAAGGAAAACAAUGUCACAUUUCCACAUGUCAUUGUAACCGUCACUCCUUUGUUGUCGUUGUUUUUCGGUUCCACGAGAUGCUGCUCGUGAAUGCAGUUUGUUGGCUGGGAGUUGGUACAUGAUGACUUUCUGCCGUGAUAGACAAAGUAGAGGACGGGAGCGAGACGGGCUGAGAGCAGAGCAGCUGUCUAGAGGGUUGAUAGAGAGGUAAAACACAGCAGAUUCUCCCAGCCGGUCCACUCCUCUCCCGUUUAAUGGUGCCCAUCGAUCCCACCACCGCCGCACAGCACCCGCCCCGCCCGCUAAAAACAGUCAAUCUGAUUCGCUCUGAUGCUUUUAUUACCCUUCAUGGAUCCGGCUUGCUCGGGAGCGCAGCACGGAAAGUCUGAAAUAAUAAAUUAGAUUUGUGGUUUUUGUAUUGUUGUGUGAUUUAGGGCCGGGUCAAAAUUUACGUUGGGGUGGGGUCGGAUAUAGAGGAGGGUUGUGUGUUUUUUUUACUGGGCACAGGGGAGGGUAGUUUACAUUCACCAUUUAGCAGCUUUUACUAUAUAAUUUCUUCCAUCCUAGCCAAAUGUCCUCAUCUGCUUGCAUGUCAAGGUGUUUCGGUACUUCUUUUAUGCACUACGUUUUUCCAUGUGCUAACUUCUUACUGUACCACAGGUCAGUAUAGUCUAACAGUAUAUCCUUCCCUCUAUUCACCAUUCAUAGUGACAAUAAUGGUAGGUGGAUCGUUUGUCCAGAUCUGGUUAACUAGCAAUCAUACCACGCAUAAAAUUAUUCAAAGCUGCACCAAUUCUCUAUAUAAAUCCACAAGAACAUAAAGGAAUAGCUGAUAGGCAGCAGAGAGGCCAGGUGUCUCAUUGCACAUGAAAUAACAGUCAAGACAUGAAGCUCCCCUAUAGAUCUUGUUUAGGGACAAUAAAAAUGAUCCUACCCUAGACUAGCCUACAACGCCACAAUGCAUUGAAUAAUUGCAUUAAUGUUUUCAAGCGACUACAACAUUCUAGUCUAGGCUGUAAACUGUAGUGAAAAUGGCAUUUCGAUAACGCCGCAAAAGCCCUGUUUAUAUGAAUGUUUUCAUUCCAUUUGGACCAGUUGUGGGUCUAGAAAAUCACAGUAGCAGGCCAGUCCAGCUGUACUUUCUCCUUCUGGUACCGAAUGCGCUGUCUGUUGCGGAUCAUCAUUCUCCCAAGUGGUCCUAUAAUAAUGUAGCCACAUGGGCCUAUGCUCCCAGCAGGCCCAGUGAUUCAGGAAAGAUUCACCUGCGUUCUGCCUCCUCUCUGAUCCGAACGGCUAUUCCUCGCGCAACUAGAACCAUAGCGCUUCAAUAUAGCCUAAAUGUUUGUCAUUUAACUUUUUAAAUGUAUUACCUUUUAUGUGUGGCAUAAACACAACCAGUCACAAUGUUUCAAUCUGAUUAGGCUACUUCAAAAGUCUCCCUAGGAUACCUGCACACAUUCAUCCACUCCACUCUAAUAUAAUUCCGGCAUCCGAACUGCGCACUGGCUAUUUUUAUUUCAUUUAACCUUUUAUUUAACUAGGCAAGUCAGUUAAGAACAAAUUCUUAUUUACAAUGCCGGCCUACCCUGACCCGGACGAUGCUG